GAUGUGAAUAAAUGUUGGAUAUUUGUUGCAUUGGAUCCUUCGCCCUUCUUCAAAACACCCUCUUCAUUCUCUCUCUCUCUCUCUAUCACCAAGAAAAACCACACUUCAAUAGCUAAAAUCCAACAAAGAAACUUAAAAGAAAAUUUAAAGAAACUUAAAUGAAACCUAUUUUUUUCCUCUAUAUCAACUAUUUCUUCCCCAUUCUUUAAUGCCUCCAUCUCUACAUCUAUAAACUAGUCCUUACUCUUUACUAUACCUCUUCUUGUUUUGCUUCAUUUAUAGUUCAUUCUCUUCUCCCUUUUUCUUUUCCUCCAAUAAUUUAUUUUGUCUUCUUCAUCCAAUAAUUUGCAUAGCAUAUACAAUAAUUCUCUUGGUUCUUGGUCUUUUUUUAUAUUUCAUUUCUUGAUUCAUAUCUUCAUGUUUUCCCAAUUAACAUUCAUGGGGGUUUCAAAUUCUGAUAUGUUAUUAUCGGAAAAAGAUUUGAACUCCAUGGAAUUCAAUUUCAUCGUACGACCCGCAUUAGAAUUCGAAGAUGAAUGCGAUAUUGCUCCCGAAGAGCUUCACGAAGAGGACGAUGACGAUGAAGAAGAAGACUUGCAAGCGCGCGAGCGACAACAACGUAAAGAAAAUCACCAAGAAGAAAAAGAUAAUAAUAAUAAUAAUAAUAAUGAUAAGUGCAAGUUCUUGAUUUCUAGUUUGAAUUUAAAAUUGCCAUCUUUAGAAGAAUUCAAGAUUCAAGAACAAGAUGUUGAUGCAGGAUUCAAGACUCCGACAUCUUUGAAUCAGAAAAUUCCAGUGAUUCGUUCAUGUCCACCUGCACCAAGAAAACCUAAAUCUCUUCCAUCAAAUAAAAGAAAAUCAUUGGCUAGAAGAGUUUUACUUGAUCUAUCUAAUGAGAUUGAAUCUUUAUUUCCUGCAAAUGUUCUUGCUGAUCUUGGUGCAAAGAUUAAGAAAGUUAGACAAGAAAAUGACACCAAAUGAGAGGGUAGCCGAACUUCCAAUUAUAUGUAUCUUUGUAUGAAGUUAGUUUAUUAUAGUUAUGUAUCUUCUUUAUCAUUUCUUUGUUGCUUGCAGCAAAAAAAUUCCAAAAACACAAAAAAAAAAAUGAGUUUUUGUUCAUAAUUAAUUUAGUAUUAAUUUCUUUACAUUAA